AAAACGAGAAAGAGAGUGAGAGACAAAGAGAGAAAAGAGGGAGAGAGAGAGAAAAUGGAAUUUCUCUAUUUCACAUGUCCUCACUUUCUUCAUUACAGGUGAACCAAAGUGAUGUUUUUAGACGAACUCCUUUAAUGUUGGCCUGUGAAGUGGGCGCCGAUAGAAGAAUCAUCAAAAUAUUAGUAUUUGCAGGAGGAGACGUGGGAACAAAAGACGUUAUUGGUCGUACAGCUUUACAUUGGGCUGUUGAUGGCCGUCGUCUCGAAGCCGUGGAAAUCUUGCUAUCUCGGGGUAGCGAGAUAAAUGGAAAGAGCAAUGGUGGCUGGACUCCUCUCCAUGUUGCUGCAGCGAAUGACUGGACAGAUGGCGUGGCAUUCCUAUUAAAACAGACCGAUGUUGAGGUUCAUGCAUGGUCUAAUGAUGGUCGCAUGCCGCUGCACUGGGCCUGUUUUCGGGGACACUUGCACAUUGUCGAAAUAUUGUUGGGUCACAAUGGCAUUGAUGUCAAUGUGGUGGACAACGCUGGAGACACACCACUGCAUGAGGCAGUUCAGCGGCGAAACAAUGAAUUGGUGUCUCUAUUGCUGAACCAGUGGUCCUGGAAACUCUCUUUGAAGACGAAAGAUAGGCUCUGUUCUACAAUAGUUGCUAGUUACCUAUUCGAAUCGGGAGCCACUUUUUAUCAGAAAAAUAUGGAGGGUAGGUCACCACUGGACCUCAUCAAGGAUGGAAAUUUGAAAGAAAAAUUAAAAACCUUUUUAUCACCAGCAUGUACAUAUUGUCAAGUGAUGUAUGCCUCUUCCGAAUUCAAGCCCUGUGAACAUAUAGUCCUAUGUCCUGAUUGUUAUAUCAGAAUUAAGGGGGAAUCAUGCCUCACUUGUCAUCAGCCAAUAAGUAGUGUGAGAGAAUUUGGGAGUCUAGUUCUGAAGGAGAGGGAUCUUCUGAGAGUGGCUAAGAGGUUAGGACGUGAUUGGUGGCAAGUAGCUAUUUUUUUAGAAGUUGAUACAACUGAACUGAAAAUUGAUGAUGAGUCUAUUGUCACUGUAAAACAAGGCUACCUGAUGCUUAACGAAUGGUUCAAAAAUUGCGACCCAGAAACACGGACACACGCAACAUUAAGUGCAGCUCUUGAAGAAGCUGAAUGUUUCGCUGCGAUGGAAUGUCUGUCAUUAGACGCAAAGUGAAUUUCUGUGUAACUGUUGUUGUUUAGCCUCAGACUAACCUUGACCAAACAGAGACUUAUGAUCAAACACAUUCCAGCCAGGACCAUCAUGCCUAUUUCCAAAGAGAACCCACAACCACAUUGUCCAAUAUGCCCUUCUGUACAGUGAUAUCGUGUGAAUUUAGCUACCAACAGGUAUAUCAACCACAUAGUGAUCCCUUCACUGGUUUGGCUCCUUUGUUAAAAAUUCACAUUUAAAAUAAAGACAAACUUUGAAAUGUUCA